AUGUCAGGUCUUCACUCAGCGUUGACGCGCGAUCCAGGUGUCUCCAAAUUGUACUCUCGACCCAGCGACAAACCAACGCCUAUUCGCGAUUCAAAUCUCAAUAAACCAUUGCCCCCUAGAAUUAGAUCAAAGAAGGAUGAGCUUGAAUUUCUUGAAGUAUUUCCCGGAACUGACCCUGUUGUCGACAUUAUUGCCAUUCAUGGCUUAGAUGGCCACAGAGAGAAUACAUGGACGGCACAAAAUGGUGUCUUGUGGCUUCGAGAUCUCCUAUCUGCUGACAUACCCAACGCCCGUAUCCUCGUGUACGGCUACGAUGCCGACACUCGGAGCCGAGAGUGUGUCUCAACGCAGACGAUCUAUCAACACGCGGACAAAUUUAUCAAAUCUCUGUCACGGCAGCGCACUGAUAGUCCACGUCGACCGAUCAUUUUCGUCGCGCACAGCCUGGGAGGUAUUGUGCUCAAACAAGCCCUCAUCCUUUGUCACGUUCAGACUCUGGGCUCGAUAAACCACCUACGGGAUAUAUUGGUGUCCACACAUGCCAUUCUUUUCUUCGGGACGCCUCACUCCGGUGUCAAAGGCGUUGAACUACUUAAAACUAUGAACAGACUUUUGUCGGUGUACUUGAACACAACAGAGGCUAUACUCCGGAAUCUCACGGAGAAUUCUCCAGAGCUAGAAAACAUACAAAAUCUAUUCAGUUCGGCGAGCGAGGAGAUUGAAAUCGCUUUGUUCUACGAAGUAUAUCCUACGCCACUCGUUGGUGGUACAAAACAACUUAUUGUGCCGUACCGCUCAGCAGUUGGCGCCCGGGAUCGUCGUGCAUCCGAAGAGGCAUUGAACGCUGAUCACUGUGAGAUGGUCAAGUUUCAGGACAAGAAAAGCCCUAAUUACGUGACGGUUCUCUCGUGUCUACGGCGGCAUAUCGAAGGAGCUAUGACCGCGGUGACGAGAAAAUGGUCCGCAGAGGAUGCUCAUCGAGCUCUGGCAAGAAAACGAUACCUACCGCCGCAUGACGUUCUCAGGCCAACGCCUCGUCUAGAAGUGUCGAGGAUCUACGUAGAUAGGCCCGCACUUCAUUCCCUUAUCACGCAUCACCUGCGUCCUACUCGUCGGGUGCGGCAUCAGCCACGGUGUAUACUGUAUGGAAUUGGAGGGUCAGGCAAAACUCAGUUGGCCACAAAUUGGAUUCGGGACCACGAAAGCAGUUUCACUCGGGUGAUUUUCGUCGACGCCUCCAGCCAAACUCAAUUGGAAAAAGACCUGGAGUUAUCAAUCCGCUCUAUCGGCCCAGAGUAUAGAGAGAUGACCUGGAAGGAUGCGGUUGCCUACCUCGACGGCAAAGAUAGAGGCUGGCUGCUCUUCUUUGACAAUGCUGAUUCGCCAAGCCUUGAUCUGCGUCCGUAUCUUCCUGCUUCCAUUCACGGAGCAGUCCUAAUUACGACAAGGAAUCGUAUGUGCACCGACUACGCUCCCGAUAGCGCCGUUUCUGUGGGUAAUAUGGAAGAGAGCGAGGCAGUCGAACUCCUUCAUCGAAUUGCCAAUAUUACACCCACAUCCGAUACCGAGUCCUGCGCAAUUGUCAGAGAGCUAGGAGUGUUGCCGCUGGCGAUUGCGCAGGCCGGAGUGUAUAUUCGGAGGACAAGGCGCCUUGAUACAUACCUGGACACUUUUCGUAAACACCGGGGCCAAAUUCUACGCCAGCGGUCAGAUAUUGGCACCGAAUACACCUCCUCAACCUACGCCGCGUUCGAUCUAUCGUUUGACCACCUCCCUGCAAAGACGCAGGAAUUCCUGAAGCUCUGCGCGUUUCUUCAUCAUUCUCUCAUCCCCAUCGCGCUCUUUGAACACUCGACAUCGUCCGGAUUUACCACUUAUACCGUUCUGAAAAGCUGCCUUCCUCCAGAGGGUGACAAGGCUUUGGUCUUUCACCUUCAGAGUAUGUUUGGCUCGACAUGGGAUAUAGAUUCGUUUCAAAAAGUUAUUGAAUCAGCCUCCAGCACGUCCUUGAUCGAGGUUUCGAGUGACGGACUAUUUUAUACCGUCCAUCCCCUCCUUCAGGUAUAUAUCAAGGGGCGUCUUAACGAAGAAGAUAACCAGCACUAUAUGAAAAUGGCAAGACAACUCCUACUUGGUGCUAUCCGGCCAGUCGAAGGUAGCAAUGCCCAGCUUCGGCAACUACUUCCCCAUGCCCACAAUAUACCCCGAUCUGUGCAAUCGGAACAUGUGGCUCAUGCUUUGGCAUUUCGCGAGCUUUACGAGUCCUUAGGUGACCCGAAGUCGUGUCGAGAGCUACUGGAGUCUGCCCUUCACCAAGUUCGACAACUUAAAGGUGAAGAGCAUGAAGACUCAAUAUGGGUUAUGGGCAAACUUGCCCUUGAUCUACUUCGCUGUCAUCGAUUGCAAGAGGCGGAGGAGAUGCAUCGCGAAGUACUCCGUUUACGACUCAAGAUUUUUGGAGGACGGCAUUUGGACACCAUCAAGGCAAUGAAUGGCCUCUCAAUCAGCUUGAAUUCCCGUGGUCAAUUGGAGGAAGCGGAAAAGCUGCAAAAAGAGGCUCUUGCUUUGCAGCUCGAGUUGCUUGGAGGGCGACAUCUAGAUACUAUCUCAACAAUGCAUUCCCUCGCCAGCACUCUGCGCGAUCGUGGUCAACUGGAAGAAGCGGAAAAGUUGAAACAAGAAGUCCUUGCUCUGCGCCUCGAGAUACUGGGUAGAAGACAUCUGGACACCAUCCUAGCAAUGACAAGCCUUGCAGGUACCUUGGGUCUCCGAGGUCGAUUGGACGAGGCAGAAAGGAUGGAACGAGAAGCACUCGAUCUGCAAAUUGAGAUCUACGGAGAGCGACAUCCACGCACGAUCUCCCUAAUAAGCAACCUUGCAUGCACCUUGUUUGGCCUUGGGCGAUUAGACGAGGCAGAAAAGAUGGAACGAGAGGUGAUCAUUGCAGAAAUUGAGAUCCUGGGACAGCGGCAUCCAGACACCAUCUCUGCAAUGCACAAUCUUGGUGCUACAUUGUACAAGCGUGGUCGAUUGGAUGAAGCAGAGACAAUACAGCGAGAGGCCCUCACUCUGCAGCUUGAGCUGUUUGGAAGGCGACAUCUAGAUACAAUCUCAGCAAUGGCUGCCCUCGCCUACACCCUGUGCGAUCGCGGUCAACUGGACGAAGCAGACAGAUUGCGACAAGAGGUGCUUGCUCUGCGCCUGGAGAUACUUGGCGAAAGUCACCUAGACACUAUCUCGGCAAUGAAAAAUCUCGCAGACAUCUUGAUUCGCCGCGGUCAAUUGGACGAGGCAGAAAAGGUGGAACGGAGGUUACUCGCCCUGCAGCUCGAGAUCCUCGGACGUCAGCAUUCGGACACCAUAUCAACAAUGGGAAACCUCGGGGUCACAUUGCGUGACCGCGGUCAAUUCCAUGAAGCGGAGAGACUGCAACAACAGGUGCUUGCUCUGCUGCUCGAGAAACAUGGAGAACUGCAUCCAAAAACUGUCCCGACAAUGGAGAACCUCGCAAUAAUCUUCCGUGACCUUGAUGAACUUGAGGAUGCAGAAGACAUGGAUCGAAAGGUACUCGCUGUGCAGCUCAAAGUCCUUGGAGUGGAACACUUGGACACCAUCUCCGCGAAGGAUAACCUUGCAGAGACCUUGCGUGACCGUGGUAAAUUCGAAGAAGCGGAAAAGCUGAAACGAGAGGUGCUCGCUCUGCGGCUUGAGAUUCUUGGUGGCGAACAUUUAGACACGAUAUCGACAAUGCACCGUCUUGCCGCAACGUUGAAAGACAGCGGUAAAUUGGGAGAGGCAGAAAAGAUAGAACGAGAAGUACUCAGCCUCCGACUUAAGAUCCAAGGCAUGCGGCACCCAGAUACCCUUAACGCCUCUCUAUACCUUUCCCACAUAUUGCACGAAACUGGUCAACUCGCGGAAGCUGCAAUACGUCUUCAGGAGACCAUGGAGCUGCGUGUGGCAGUGUUUGGUGAGGACGACCCACUCACAAUGGCAGCAAAGGAGCUUCUAGCACUCGUAAUCUCUCAGAAAUCCCAUAGUACUCGUCCCCGAUUUCGCUCCCGAUUCCUUUCUCGCUUAUUUUCAUGA